CCCGCUGACCCAGCACUGCACACGCCGCUUCGCAGCCGCUUGCCUCAUCCUGCCUGUGUAUUAGCUUGCCUCCCAAGAUGCCUCAGUUACUGCGAAACAUAACUGGGAUUAUCGAAGCCUUCGGGCGCUAUGCCAGGACGGAGGGUGACUGCACGGCGCUGACCCGGGGCGAGCUGAAGAGGCUUCUGGAGCACGAGUUUGCCGAUGUCAUCGUGAACCCCCAUGACCCAGCCACUGUGGAUGAAGUCCUGCGCCUGCUGGAUGAAGACGACACGGGGACUGUGGAGUUCAAGGAAUUUCUGGUCUUGGUGUUUAAAGUCGCACAGGCCUGUUUCAAGACACUGAGUGACAGUCCUGAGGGAACAUGUGGACCUCAGGAGUCUGGAAGCUAUGCCCCGGGGGCCUCGCCGGAGCUGGGGGAAGGACAGCGUCAUGAGGGGAGCAGGCAGGAGUGGGUUGACGACCACACAAGGGAGACAGUGAUCCCAAGGUUGGACCAGGGCUGCCUGCCCUUCGAGGUGCCCUCAGCUCGGGGCCAGGAAGGAGCCCAGCCGGAAGGGAAGCGGAGCCUCACAGCCCGGGAGCUGUAUUCCUACUUCACAAGCAACGAGCCGUGA